UGGGGCUGUUAUGGGGCAGUUAUGGGGCGGUUGUGGGGCAGCUAUGGGGCGGCUAUGGGGCGGCUAUGGGGUGGUGAUGCGGUGCUUUGCAGCUGGAACCGGCUGAUCGUGGAGAAGCCGUUCGGCCGCGACCUGCAGACGUCGCAGGCGCUGACGGAGCAGCUGAGCGCCCUGUUCUGCGAGGAGCAGAUCUACAGGAUGGACCACUACCUGGGCAAGGAGAUGGUGCAGAGCCUCAUGGUGCUCAGCGAUCCUAUAAGUGAGCACUACCUGGGCAAGGAGAUGGUGCAGAGCCUCAUGGUGCUCAGGUGGGCGAUCCCACAAACGGCCCCAUAGCCCUCAAACGGCCCCAUAGCCCACAAACGGCCCUAUAGCCCAUAAAC